AUGAAAGCAUCAUUUUUUUUCUUAAGUUUUUUGGCAUUUUUUGGUGCGGUAACUAAGGCUUGUAGUUUUGUUCCUUCCAAUAAUUCGCCUCAGGCCUCGUGUUCCGGUACUCAAGUUUGUCCCGAUUUAAAUUUUGAUUUUUAUCAAAAUCAACUAGGUAUUCCAACAUAUAGUAUGGAAUUGAAAAAUGUCCAGUGGGAAUCGGCAAAUAUUUAUUGGAUGACUAUCAGGGUCUACUCUAGUACACAGAUUUCUAUUGACAAUUUAUUUUCUCUAAAAAUAUUGGGAGUUAGCUCUCCAGAUGGUUCCGUGUUGGAGCUAUAUGACAGAAAUUUAAAAAUUGCUAAGAUUGACAAUCCAACUGAUUUUGAAGUUACUUUCAGAGUGUAUGCUGAGAUUUCCGGCUGUACUGCCACUUCUGGAACCUUCCAAAUUCAAUAUGACUACUGUCAGGUUAGUUGUAGUGAAACUGCACUAUGUAAAAAUUGGCCAUAUGGUGAAACUAGUUUUGAUUUGCCAGUUACUUGUAAUUCUGAUAAUCAAAAUAAUGCCCAAGGUGCCUUUCCAAUUUUAUCUUGGAAUGUUGAUUGUGCUCAAAGUUGUGCAUCUUCUCAAGUUAGCGCUAGUUCUACUAAAUUAUUUGUGUCCAGUUUUACUACCAUUUCUCAAACUACAUCCUCUUCCUCUUCCUCUUCUUCUUCCUCUUCAAGUUCACAUUCGAGCGAAGAAAAAAAACCAUGCACCUCUUCACCAACCGUCGUCACUUCUUCUUCCUCCUCCUCCUCUUCAAGUUCACAUUGGAGUAAAGAAAAAAAACCAUGCACCUCUUCACCAACCGUCGUCACUUCUUCCUCCUCCUCUUCAAGUUCACAUUGGAGUAAAGAAAAAAAACCAUGCACUUCUUCGCCAACCGUCGUCACUUCUUCCUCCUCCUCCUCUUCAAGUUCACAUUGGAGUAAAGAAAAAAAACCAUGCACCUCUUCUCCAAACGUUGUCACUUCUUCCUCCUCCAUUGCAUCUUCAAGUGCACCAGCUAGCUCACCUGUUGUCCCAUCUUCAAGUGCACCAGCUAGCUCACCUGUUGUCCCAUCUUCAAGUGCACCAGCUAGCUCACCUGUUGUCCCAUCUUCAAGUGCACCAGCUAGUUCACCUGUUGUUCCAUCUUCAAGUGCACCAGUUAGCUCUUCUGCUAUUCCAUAUUCAAGUGCACCAGUUAGCUCUUCUGCUAUUCCAUACUCAAGUGCACCAGCUAGUUCACCUGUUGUUCCAUCUUCAAGUGCACCAGCUAGCUCACCUGUUAUCCCAUCUUCAAUUAGCUCUUCUGCUAUUCCAUACUCAAGUGCACCAGCUAGUUCACCUGUUGUUCCAUCUUCAAGUGCACCAGCUAGCUCACCUGUUAUCCCAUCUUCAAGUGCACCAGAAAGCUCUUCUGUUGCUCCAUCUUCGAUUCCAUACUCAAGUGCACCAGCUAGCUCUUCUGCUAUCCCAUACUCAAGUGCACCAGAAAGCUCUUCUGUUGCUCCAUCUUCGAUUCCAUACUCAAGUGCACCAGCUAGCUCUUCUGCUAUUCCAUACUCAAGUGCACCAGUUAGCUCUUCUGUUAUCACAUACUCAAGUGUACCAGUUAGCUCUUCUGUUAUUCCAUACUCAAGUGCACCAGUUAGCUCUUCUGUUCCAUCUUCUGCUAUUCCAUACUCAAGUGCACCAGCUAACUCAUCUGUUGCUCCAUCUUCUGCUGUUCCAUCUUCAAGUGCCCCAUCUUCGAUUCCAUACUCAAGUGCACCAGUUAGCUCAUCUGUUGCUCCAUCUUCUGCUAUUCCAUAUCCAAGUGCACCAGCUAACUCUUCUGUUGCUCCAUCUUCGAUUCCAUAUUCAAGUGCACCAGAAAGCUCUUCUGCUAUCCCAUACUCAAGUGCACCAGUUAGCUCUUCUGUUGUUCCAUCUUCUGCUAUUCCAUAUCCAAGUGCACCAGCUAACUCAUCUGUUGCUCCAUCUUCUGCUGUUCCAUCUUCAAGUGCACCAUCUUCAAUGCCAUACUCAAGUGCACCAGUUAGCUCAUCUGUUGCUCCAUCUUCUUCGAUUCCAUAUCCAAGUGUACCAGUUAACUCAUCUGCUAUUCCAUCCUCAAGUGCAACAGAAAGUACAUCAUCGUUCAGCUAUGUUCCAGGUACUUCUACUACAGUUACUUCAGUCUACACUAGUUCUUUUACCACCUGUUUGUUGUCAACAACAAAGUAUAACAAGGACGUUACAAUCACUGAAAAUAUAUUUACCACAACUUAUGAAACUGUCACUUCUUGUUCAAUUAAUCAUGAAGUUACUGGGUCUAAUGGCGAGGCUUCUACUGUAUGCGGUCCAAAGACUGUUACUCAAUCUAUCCCAGUAUCUACCAGUACUCAAGUUGUCCCAUCUGGAUCUCCAGUUACCUAUACAAUUACUACAGUGACUAAUGUCCCAGUAACCACCACGAAUGUAGUUGUAACUACACCUAGUGCUACUGCUUCUAUUAAAGAAGAAACUAGUUCCGCUAGUGUCUAUACGACCUUUGUUACUUCUGUUUACACCAGUUCAAUUACUACCUGUUUACUAUCUACAACUGAAUAUACCGAAGAUGUUACAGUUACUGAAAGUAUAUUCACGACAACUUAUGAAACUGUCACCUCCUGUUCAAUUAAUCAUGAAGUUACUGGGUCUAACGGCGAGGCUUCUACUGUGUGCGGUCCAAAGACUGUUACUCAAUCUAUCCCAGUAUCUACCAGUACUCAAGUUGUCCCAUCUGGAUCUCCAGUUACCUAUACAAUUACUACAGUGACUAAUGUUCCAAUCACCACGACUAAUGUGGUUGUAAGUACAGUAACUGCUUCUGCUCAGUCAAUUGCUUACGAUGUUUCGUACAGUACUUUCGUUAGUACUGCUCAACAAGAUGUCACUGUUAUUAGUCAAAGUUAUUCCGUUUCUUCUACUCCUAUUGUUAAAUGCAGUAUUGCUACAGAUAAGAAUUCCGAAGUUUGUAAAACUUCUUAUCAAAUUGCACCUACUACAAUUACCUCCACUAUUAUUGUUCCAUCUGGUUCUGUAAUUACUAGUAUUGGAUCAUCAGUUGUAUACACACAAACCCAAAGCCAAACAGGGUUGUUUACAAGUGCUGAAACUUUGGUUAAAACUGAUAAUUCAGAACCAUCCUUUGUUGUUGAACAACAGAGUAGUUCUGCCACUAGGAGUUAUAGUGCUAAUUCCAUUGCUAUACAAAGCCAAGAAGCCGCUGCUAAUAAAACGAAGCUUUCAAUCUUUUCUCUUUUCAUUUCUAUUUUAUUAAUGUUUAUUUGA